GGGAGAGCACUAGGGCAGAUGCAGCUGUGGAGGUGAGGUGACCUGAAGCGCCAAGGUUCAGCCAGCCCGUCCUCCUCGCAUACCCAUGUGGCCCUUCCUGAGCAAUGAUCUCUUCCAACCCCCCACCGAAGCCUGGCUCCAGACGGUCUCCUCAGAUCCUGAGGCCCAAGGUUGGGGGGCCUGGGGCGAGAAUGAAAAGACACCUUUGGUGCCAAGGACUGGAAGUACAAUGGAAAGUGACAAGGAAGCUGAGGAAAAUGAAGAUGCAGGCUUCCUGCUGUCCUUGCUGGAGCCAGAGAAGCUGGCCAAGUCCCCGCUAUACAACCAGGAGUUGGAAGCCAUCAGGCUGAAGCUGUGGGCCAUGGAGCAUGCUGAGGCCCUGCCAGAGCCACCCUGUAUACAGAGAAAGACCAUAGAGGAAGAUGGGGCUGAGGUCAGACAGCUGCCAAGCCCUGGGACCAUGGGCCGCAUCUUUCCUGGGACCCCCAAGGAAAAUGUGGAGGCUGACCACAGAUCUGUCUAUGUGGGCAAUGUGGAUUACGGAGGGUCAGCUGCCGAGCUGGAGGCCUACUUCAGCCCCUGUGGGGAGAUUCACCGGGUCACCAUCCUGUGCGACAAGUUCUCUGGACACCCCAAGGGCUACGCAUAUAUAGAGUUUGUGGCCCAGAGCUCUGUUCAGGCUGCUGUGGGGAUGAAUGAGAGCACCUUCCGAGGGCGGGUCAUCAAGGUGCUUCCCAAGAGAACGAACUUCCCUGGAAUCAGCUCCACAGAUCGUGGUGGGCCUCGGACACACUUGGGCAGCAGGGCCCAACCCUUUCUGCACAGUAACCUCCGUCAAAGACCUCGAUUCAGACCCCAUAGACAGAGCCGGGGCCAUGGACGAGUCUCACCGUGGUUUUCACCAUAUUGA